AUGUACCCGGGAAUCGAGACUGCAGGCUCGACGGAGAACGAACAAUUGACACCCCAGCUUUACCAAGGGCAUGGCAAUUUGUCUCUGGAUACUCCCUGGAAUGCGACUUCAGCCUUUCAAUCACAUACAAAUAAUAGCCCUGAGAACAAGAACGACAGGUACGCUCACAAACCCAACCCAGAUUUCGAUAGAACCGUGCCUGACUGUCGAACCAAACUAGGGGUAGCAAACCAUUCCGCUGCCGACGAGAAGGUUACCGUUCACGAUGAUCGGGAGGCGUACGAGUGCUCGAUUAGCGGCAUACGUAUGAGCCGACUUGACUACCUCCGAAACCAGGCGCGGAAAGUUCACUCCCUUGGCAGCUCUGCUACUGCUUGA